AUGCCGAAACUGAACAAGCUCCUGGUAACGUCAAUCAUCGCGGAUAUCAGGGAGUGUGUACAUGUCUCGAACGAGAUGUAUUCGUGGCUCGGCGAUAUCGAACAUCUGUCAUGGAAAUUCCCGACGAAAACCGCGAAAGGCAUAAAUGCCAUGGAAAUUGUGAAGGAGCACGACGGGACCGCAGGGGAAUUCUAUAUUCUUCUCCUGGAGUUGGCCUACGACAGAAGUAGACUUUGUUGCAGAAUUCAUUUCGUUCUACGUUUGAUCGUGGAAUUUAUGGACAAAUUUCCGUUCGUCGAGGACUUCUUUAGUGAGGCGAGCUGCGUCAGUCGUUCGAAUCAAAUCUCGUUGGCCAGUCUGUUGCGACUUGUUUGGGACCGAUUGAAGACAAUGCCUGACUCGAUAUCUCGUCGUAUGGAGCAACGUCAACAGGUGAAGAACAGCGAGAAUGAAGCGCGGAAGACGUUUGAAGCGAGCAAAGUGUCCCAGAGUUCUCAAGCGAGCAGCAGCGUGAAUUACUGCGAGAGUUGCACGCUUGCUGGGGAAGCUAUUCUUCAGGCGAUAAAUGUGAUCGAGCAGGUCUUCCUGGAGAAUAAAUUAAUUUCUGUCGCCGCCACUGAGAGAGACGAAUGCAGGAACGACAUUUACGAGAAGACUCAGUGGGCUGUGAUGAGCAAGCUGACGAAAGGAAUAGGAACGGACGUGGAUACGGCGCUGAGAAUGGCGAGCGAGAGCAAUUUGAGAACACAGGUCGCCAGACGGGAUCACGAGCAGGCGAUUCGGCAACUACGGUCCAGCUUGACGAUGCAGGAAAAACGAACGGACGCGUUGCACGCCGAGAACUUGGAGUUGAAGAACCUACUGGAGAAUGGUGGGUUUUCUAACUCUGAGACUUGGUCGUUGCAAUGGGUGUCAGGUAUCGCGGCUAACAGCGAAGCAAAUCGAUGGCCCGCGCUGAUUUGCUCGGAAUGUAUGUACGUGAUACGUAUGGGAGUGAUCGUGGUCGAGCAACCCGCGGGAAAUUCGAUCGAGAGAUUUUUCUGCCGCGUCGCGCACACCGGCGUCAGGUGGACUCGGUUUGGUAAUCGAUCAAGAACGAUUUAUGUAUGUCCGGUGAAUAGGGACGCCAGAUCUGUUUCUCGUUCGCGGACCCCGAAAGUAGGGGAACAAGUUUGAACGUACAGCCCGAUGAUCAAUCUACAUCGGUUAUUUCAUCGUUCUGCCAUGAUUUUCCACUCUUUCAACACUUUCCCCAGAAGGGAUGUUUGAAAUCGACAGUUAGCUGUACAAAUUGAUAUUUAUUACUUAUCAGAACUAACGUUGCAGAAAUUUUAUUCAAAUUAUUGUACAAUCGUUAUUAUUAUUUUAAUACUAUAUCAUAAUCGAACUCGUUAAUAUGAUCGACUUCACAAGCGCUUAAAAAGAUGUUCUCGUCAAUAUUAAUAUUGCUUUCUGCUUAGAUAAUAUAAAUCUAUUCAUUAUAAUUAUAAUGAUUUAUGUGUAGAAUAUUUGA